UGGAGGGCGAAUGCGAUGCGGAAAGUGACGGAUGCGGAGCCCAAAGCGCCAAUCAAAGGACCAGGCACUGAAGAGGGUAUAAAAGAGCCUUCGGCUCCGCCUGGGACACAUUUCAUCACCCAGUCCGGCUCCAUCGAACGGAUUCCUCAGAAGCUGAACGAGCGCUCAGACCCUGCAAUGAUGAAGGUGCUUAUCCUGGCCGUUUUGUUGGUCAGCGUUUGCUUCCUCGAAGGGGCUGUUAUGAAACAGCAGGUGGAAGAGCCAACCCCGUCUGAAUCCUUGACACCGGAGAGCUUAGGGGAAUCCGUACUUCAGCUUCUGAAAGAAUUUUUUGCCAAGAGUAACGUCAACGAACUCACGGCCCAGGCACGGUAA